UUCUACAUGGGUAACCAUGUGCUCCUCCCACCCGGCUGUCGCUGUGAGUUAGGUAACUGUGCGUGACAUUGGUGCCCGGUGUCGCCAUGGCCGGUAGCAGUAGCAGAGUAUUGAUCGUGGGCGCGGGGCUGAGCGGGAGCCUUUGUGCUUAUCUGCUGGGGCAGCGCCUGGGCACCAGAGUCCAGCUGACAGUGUGGGACAAAUCCAAGGGAGCAGGUGGGCGGAUGGCCACAAGCCGUAGUCCUUAUGAGCCAAAGUGCACAGUGGAUUUGGGGGCCCAGUAUAUCACCGUCACCCCUUAUUAUGCAGAGAAGCACAAAACGUUUUACAAUGAACUCACGGCUCAGGGCAUCUGCCAACCAUUAAGCACCACAGUCGACGGAAUGGCGAUGAAAGACGGCUCUUACAACUUGGUUACACCCAACGGCGUUUCUUCCAUUGUAAAACAUUUCCUGAGUCAGUCCGGGGCUGAGAUAUUCUACGAGCGCCACGUCACGCAUAUCAAUCUCCGUGAUGGCAGAUGGGAGGUGUGCAGGAAAUCCGGCUCUCCGGAAUCUUUUGACGUGGUGAUCCUUACAAUGCCGGUCCCCCAGAUUCUGCAGCUUCAGGGUGACGUUCAGACCUUAAUUAGAGAAGACAAGAGACAGCAACUGAAAUCAGUCCGUUACUCUUCCCGCUACGCCCUGGGACUGUUCUAUGAAGCAGGAGCACAGAUCCAUGUCCCGUGGGCAGCCAAGUACAUCACGGAUAAUCCAUGCAUCCGCUUCAUCUCCGUCGACAAUAAGAAACGUAAUGUAGAGUCCCCGGAAGUCGGGCCUUCACUCGUCGUCCACACCAGCGUGCCGUUUGGCAUCGAACACCUGGAGGAGGAAAAGGAGUCAGUACAGAGUCUGAUAAUGGCCCAGCUUAAAGCAAUCUUGCCUGAUCUGCCUCAGCCUAAAAGCAUCAAGUGCCAGAAAUGGAGAUACUCACAGGUUACAGAAGCCUUUCCAGACUGCCCAGGUCAGAUAACUCUACAUGACGAGCCUUUGCUCCUGUGCGGAGGAGAUGGAUUUACACAUUCCAACUUUGAUGGCUGCACUCACUCUGCCGUCCAGAUGGCUGAAACCUUGGUGACCCGGUUAUAAUACUGGUGCUGGGCCUUCGAGGAAGAAGAUGUCAAAUAUUUUCAGUCUCAUCUGACACAUUGAUCCAGUAGAAGUUGCUCUUUAACCAGAACUGUUUUUUCUAGAGCAGUUCAACCCAAUACAAGAUUUUUCCUUGUGUAAGGCUAUAAUGCUGGGUAAAGGCGGAUAAGACUUCA